CUGGCAGGAUCAUCUUCAUGUCUGGCGGGAUGAAGGGGAUCGUCCAUUCGGCAUUGAGAAUGACUUUCUGGCGUCUUGAUCUGACGCGCGAGGAAGAAGAUAUCCUCGUAACUGGCAGGAUAAGUGUGCUAGGCCCAGGUCUAGCCCGGGGCACUGGUUGGCCCCUGCAGAUCCAGCCUAUCCCCCGCACAUAGAUCCUCCGCCUACGCGUAAAUAGCUUAGCUUCCAUAGAAAGC